AUGUCUUCUAAUAAAAAUAUAGAGUAAUCUCCAGAAACCCAGAGUAUAAGAAAUUCAAUUCGACAUUAGUCCUUAUAUUAGAGUGUACAAGAAUUCUCAGGAUAUAAAGAAAAAAUGUAAGAUCUAAUGUUACCAAAUGUUGAAUUUAUAGAUCCAUCAAAUUUUAAGAAAUAAAAUGAAUGCAUAGUUUGUAGCAUAGAAUUUACUUAGACUAAUAGAUAGCAUCAUUGUAGGUAAUAAUAUUGAUAUUGCAAUUUUAGAAUGUGUGGAAAUUCAUGUUGUGGAGUAUGUUCACAAAAAACAAUAAAUAAGAAUAGGGUUUGUGAUAUUUGUUAUAUGAAAGCAUCUUAAAUAACUGCUGAAAAAAAGAGGACAAAAUUUUUACAAACCUUAAAGGAAUCUGCAAAAAAAUUAAGAAAACAUAUAGAAUAAGCAGAAAAGAAAAAAUAAGAUUUGAAAGAAGAACGAGAUGCUUAAUCGGAUAAAUCACAGAUUGAUUUAAGAGUAAUAGAAAAAGAGACAGAGGAUUAUCGAUUGAAGUAUUCAUAAAAAACUUAAGAUAAAUGUUAAUACGAACAAGAAGUUGAAGAAAUAAAAAAAAAAAUAUUAGAACUUAACACUCUUAAAGAAUAAAUUUAGUAAGAGUUUUAAGAAAAAGAAUAAGAAAUACGAGCUUAUGAUACUAAUUUAUAUCUAAGGGAUCAAGAAUUAAAUGAUAAAAAGACUUAGUUACAAAGAUUAAGAUAAUAAAAAGAAGAAUUAGAAAAUAUGUCCAAUAAAAUUGAAUAAAAUCCAGAAUUAGUUGAAGAAAUAAGUAUUCCAGAGCCUAUUUAACCAAUAUAAAAAGAGUAACAAUAAUAAUAAUGGUACAACACUAAUAUUGAUAUUGAUGAAAUUAUGUAUGGAAAUAGUGAUAAUUCUAAGGAUUCAACAACUUUAAUUAAACAAGAAUUACCUCAAUAAUAACCAAAAAAAUAAAAUCCUAAAACACCAAGUCAAACAAAAGAAAAUAAUGAAAAUGAAAAUGAAGAUAAAUAUAAAUGUAUUAUUUUCUGA